AAAAGGUGUCCGAAUCAGAAUUUUUCACAAGAAAAAAAAAAUCACACAUGGCCGCCUUCUGCCUCUGUUUUUCGCUUUGUCGCUCUCCUCCCUCUCAACUUUACAUAGAGAAAGAGAAAAGCAGAGAACCAUGAUCAGACUGGAGAUUUGGGCAAAUCCAGGUUUGCUAAUCAGUUUAUGUAAAGCGAAGAGGCUCUUUUGCUUCAACCACAACACUCCGAUUGCUCAAGUGAAGGUGUUCAGAUUUCUGGUUUAUCGAUUUGUCAAGGAGAGUUUCAAAUUGGAUUGGGGUUUGCAGAGGCCUCAAGGUUUCAUUGAUCGUUCUUCAGCUUGAACCAGGAAGGGAAUAAGAAGAAACAGAAGAGGGAAACGCCAUGAAAACAAUUAUUGGAUCAUAAUAUUGAUAAGAUGCUGAUGAGCUUUUGGAAUCAGAAAGGAAGGUUCAUGACAUUGGAAGACUUUUAUGCUCUGAUGGACUGGGAAAGCAAAAUUGAUCCUUUACGCUGCAUAUCAAUGCAUGAAAUUACAAAGCCUAAUCCAUUUGCUCAGAAAGAUGAUGCAACUAUAUUUGUCAAUUUCCAGCUGGGUGAUCUGGAGUCAAGAGUAUCACUGCUGUUUGUUUGUUUUGUUGAUGAAGCAUUCCAGCAGAUUGAAAGAAAUGAUAGCAAUGUUAAGAAAAUAGGUCUACAUUGUAAAGGUAUUCCGAGAAUAAUUAGUAUGGACUUGAAGAGUAACUUGAGGAAGAGAUGCAGCAGCUGUAAGGAUCCUAAGCUGGAAAAAUUUCACGUUGAUCAAAUUGCAGCUGUGAAGGGUUGUUUCAGUUGGUAACAAAGAAGCAAAAGUUUUAUGUCAGUCAUUUUAUCACUUAGCAUUUCACUGACUCGGUUGCUAUAUCCCUACAAGUGCAAGAACUCUGUCUCUCUCAGGGUUUAUAUGCAGAUUAUGGAGAGCAAAGCGAAUCAAUUCCAAGAGAAAUGAUAGCCUCCUAUGUGUCUUGCUUCUUGAAAGGGGUGACUCUGUGACAGGCAAGCUGACCGUGAGCCAGCAACAUCAUCAAUAGCAAAGCACAACCUAGGAAGCAGAAGAAAUGACUCAACGUGUAUAUGAUUGUAACUAUUGUUGAACCAAUUUUUGUACAACGGCUGGAGCAGCCAGGUGAAGCAACUCCAGCAGCAACUUUCGCUACGCUAACCUACUCUGUACAGUUACAACUGGAGCAACUACCCUUUUUGUACUGGUACAACUGGAGCAGCUACAUAUUUAAAUAUACUCCAGCAACAAGUUUAACUAGGUUAACCUAAUUUUGAAUAGACUUCAACUGGAAUGAAAAAUGUAAGGAAAGGCCUCCAUGGUUUGAACUUAAUGACUGAAAUGUAAGUAAUUUGAGUAUCUAUGUAUUUGUGAAUGAAGCCUGCAUUACAUAUAAGUAAAUCUUCAAUGCUAUUUUAGUAGAAUGAAGUUAUUUUCAAUUAUGCAUU